AUGGUGAAGCAGCAGCUGAGCGCCUUCUUUGGCCCCCAUCGUCUAUACUUCGUAUGUGGUAAAGUUUACCAGGAUCUUUCAUAUGCCAACAGAGUGGUGCAUUGGUUUGUGCAGCACGAGCUGCCAGUCUUCCCGAUCACUCCCUCAGGCGGUGCGGUAGAUCUGACUACUGAUUCCACAACUCAAAACAGAACAAAGUUGCAGAAAUUGUCUGUUUUUAAAUCUAUCGUGGCAGGAUUGUCGCAAUAUCCUGCUCAGCAGGACAUUGAUGGCGCUAGCGUGUGUUUCGUGACCCCUCCUCCCAUCACACUGUCCAUUUUACAACAGUUGGAGAAAGAGCCUUUCACCGUGCAAAGCGUCUGGUUCCAACCAGGAUCUUGGGACAACAAAUGUGUCGAGUGGGCGCAACAGAGGCUUCAUAUCGAUGCAUCAAAAGUCAUCAACGACUGCGUUCUGGUAAAUGGUUUUUCUCAUUACACCAAAAGCGAGCUUCCGCUGAAUGAAAAAUAG